AUGAAAUCCUUCCACUUUCCUACCCUCCACUUUCCUACCCUCCACUUUCCUACCCUCCACUUUCCUACCCUCCACUUUCCUACCCUCCACUUUCCUACCCUCCACUUUCCUACCCUCCACUUUCCUACCCUCCACUUUCCUACCCUCCACUUUCCUACCCUCCACUUUCCUACCCUCCACUUUCCUACCCUCCACUUUCCUACCCUCCACUUUCCUACCCUCCACUUUCCUACCCUCCACUUUCCUACCCUCCACUUUCCUACCCUCCACUUUCCUACCCUCCACUUUCCUACCCUCCACUUUCCUACCCUCCACUUUCCUACCCUCCACUUUCCUACCCUCCACUUUCCUACCCUCCACUUUCCUACCCUCCACUUUCCUACCCUCCACUUUCCUACCCUCCACUUUCCUACCCUCCACUUUCCUACCCUCCACUUUCCUACCCUCCACUUUCCUACCCUCCACUUUCCUACCCUCCACUUUCCUACCCUCCACUUUCCUACCCUCCACUUUCCUACCCUCCACUUUCCUACCCUCCACUUUCCUACCCUCCACUUUCCUACCCUCCACUUUCCUACCCUCCACUUUCCUACCCUCCACUUUCCUACCCUCCACUUUCCUACCCUCCACUUUCCUACCCUCCACUUUCCUACCCUCCACUUUCCUACCCUCCACUUUCCUACCCUCCACUUUCCUACCCUCCACUUUCCUACCCUCCACUUUCCUACCCUCCACUUUCCUACCCUCCACUUUCCUACCCUCCACUUUCCUACCCUCCACUUUCCUACCCUCCACUUUCCUACCCUCCACUUUCCUACCCUCCACUUUCCUACCCUCCACUUUCCUACCCUCCACUUUCCUACCCUCCACUUUCCUACCCUCCACUUUCCUACCCUCCACUUUCCUACCCUCCACUUUCCUACCCUCCACUUUCCUACCCUUCACUUUCACUUUCCCGUCGUCAUCGCGGUGCGUUAUCCGGUGAAUCCCAUCACCAACGUGUUGCCGCUCGUGCUCGUGCUCAUGGUCUCGCUUAUGAAAGAGGCUUUUGAAGACCGGAAGCGGUACAACAGCGACAAGGUGAUAAACUCGAGCAUCACGGAGUGCUUGCGAGGCAACCAGUGGAUCCAAACGCCCUGGAGUGCUGUGCGCGUCGGCGACAUUCUACGGGUGAAGUCGGACCAGUAUUUCCCCGCGGAUCUGCUGUGCCUCGCCACCACCAACGGAGAUGGCAUCUGCUACAUCGAGACGUCGAACCUGGAUGGGGAGACGAAUCUGAAGAUCCGCAAGGCGCUGGAGCGCACAUGGGAGUACAUCACUGCCGAUGCUGCUGCUGACCUGCGAGCCAUGGUGGAGUGUGAGCAGCCCAACAACUCUCUCUACACCUUCACGGGCAACCUGGUCAUUGGCAAGCAGACCCUGCCCAUCUCGCCCAAUCAGAUGCUGCUCCGAGGCUGCAGUCUGCGCAACACAGAGUGGAUCGUGGGUGCGGUCAUCUUCACAGGCCAUGAGACCAAGGUGAUGAUGAACGCCAUGGACGUGCCAUCGAAGCGUAGCACGCUGGAGCGGCGCAUGGACCUGGUCAUCCUCAUCCUCUUCGCCAUCCUCUUCACCAUGUGCCUCAUUGGUGCCAUCGCCAGUGCCCUCUUCCUGAACUACGACGAGUGGUACCUGCAGCUCACGGACAGCCAGCCGCAGUAUGACCCGAGUAACCCUUGGGCGGUGGGCUCGCUCACGUUCCUCACGCUCUUCAUCCUAUACGCCACCAUCAUCCCCAUCUCUCUCUACGUGUCCAUUGAGAUGAUAAAGUUUGUGCAGAGCACGCAGUUCAUCAACAAGGACCUUCACAUGUUCCACCGAGAGACGCAGACGCCCGCGCUCGCCCGCACCUCCAACCUCAAUGAAGAGCUCGGGCAGGUGGAGUACAUCUUUUCGGACAAGACGGGCACGCUUACGCGCAACACCAUGGAGUUCUUCAAAUGCUCCAUUGGCGGCACGCUGUACGGCACAGGCGUGACCGAGAUCCAGCGCGCCAUGGCGCUGCGCAUGGGGCAGCCCAUCCAGGAGGACCCGGAAUCCAUGUACCAAGACCGGGCAUCCCAGGCUGAGGUGUCUCCUCUGAAACCGACGGGGUCGGAUGAUCCGUUCAAGGACCGAGGAUUCAACUUUGAGGACAAGCGCCUGCUGCGAGGCGCAUGGCGCAAUGAACCCACUGCUGAGAUCUGCAAGGAGUUCUUCCGGCUGCUGGCCAUCUGCCACACGGUGCUGCCAGAGGGGGAGGAGUCCCCCGAGGAGAUAGAGUACCUCGCGGCCUCGCCCGACGAGGCGGCCAUGGUGGCUGCUGCUAAGAACUUUGGCUUCUUCUUCUACCGGCGCACGCCCACGACGAUCAAGGUUCGGGAGUCGCACGUGGAGCGGCUGGGGCGCGUGGCGGACUGCGAGUACGAGGUGCUGAACGUGCUGGAGUUCAACUCCAUGCGCAAGCGCCAGUCCGUCAUCUGCCGCUGCCCCGAUGGGCGCAUCGUGCUUUACUGCAAGGGCGCUGAUGUGACGAUCUACGAGCGGCUCUCGGAGGAUGGCAACCCGCACAAGGACAUGACGCGCGAGCACCUGGAGAAGUUUGGAGCAGACGGGUUGCGCACGCUGUGCCUGGCGUACCGGGAGCUCCCCCCCGCGCUGUACGAGGAGUGGAACGAGCGCUUCAUCCAGGCGAAAUCGGCCCUCAGGGAGCGGGAGAAGCGGCUGGAUGAGGUGGCGGAGAUGAUUGAGAGGGAUUUGAUUCUCCUGGGGUGCACGGCGAUUGAGGAUAAGCUCCAGGAGGGCGUGCCGCAGUGCAUUGAGACGCUGCAGAAGGCGGGGAUCAAGAUCUGGAUUCUCACCGGGGAUAAGAUGGAGACGGCGAUCAACAUUGCGUAUGCGUGCAUGCUGCUCAAGAACCAGAUGAAGCAGUUCAUCAUCAGCAGUGAGACGGACAUCAUUCGAGAGGUUGAGGAACGGGGCGACCCGGUGGACACGGCGAGAGUCAUCAGAGAGUCGGUCUUCCAGCAGCUGAGGGACGCCAUUCGGCAGGCCGUGGUGAUUGACCGCGAGGGGUACCCGUGUGCGCUGGUGAUCGACGGGCGGUGCCUCAUGUACGCCCUGGAUCCGCUCAUGCGCGGCACGCUGCUGCAGCUCGGGAUCAUCUGCAAGGCCGUUGUGUGCUGCCGCGUGUCGCCCCUGCAGAAGGCGCAGGUGACGGCACUGAUGAGGGACGGGGCCGGCAAGGUGACGUUGAGCAUAGGCGACGGCGCGAAUGACGUGAGCAUGAUUCAGGCGGCGCACGUGGGCGUGGGCAUCAGCGGGCAGGAGGGCAUCCAGGCCGUGCUCGCCUCUGACUUUGCCAUUGCACAGUUCCGCUUCCUCACCGACCUGCUGCUCGUGCACGGCAGGCUGUCGUACCUCCGCAUCUCCAAGGUGGUGGCGUAUUUCUUCUACAAGAACCUGGCCUUCACGCUCACGCUCUUCUGGUUCAACUGCUUUGCGGGCUUCUCAGGGCAGCGCCUGUACGACGACUGGUUCCAGUCCGCCUUCAACGUGCUCUUCACCGCACUGCCCGUCAUCGUGCUCGGCCUCUUUGAGCAGGACGUGGAUCGCCGGCACUCGAAGCUGUACCCGCAGCUGUACCGGGACGGCAUCAAGAACCGCUUCUUCACAUGGGGCGUGCUGGGCAUCUGGCUCUUCUUCGCCGUCUACCAGUCCCUCAUCUUCUUCUUCUUCACGGCGGUGCCAGGCUCCAACUCGCAGGGCAGCAGCGGCCUCAUGUUCGGCCUCUGGGACAUCGGCACCAUGACAUAUGCGGCUGUAAUCGUGGCGAUCAACGUGCGGCUGCUGAUGGCGAGUGACUUUCUGACCAAGUGGCACUGGGUGAGCGUGGUGGUGUCCAUCGCGCUCUGGUUCGUGCUCAUCCUCAUCUACGACGCCAUCCCCUCCUCCACCACCUCCUCCUACUCCUCCCAGUCGAACCAGUACUGGGUGAUCUACACAGUGAUGGGAACUGCCUACUUCUGGCUCACGCUCCUCCUCGUGCCCAUUGCUGCUCUCCUCCCUGACUUCCUCUACAUCGGGCUGCAGCGGUGGUUCUCCCCGUACGACUACCAGAUAGUCCAGGAGGACCUCAAGUUCCACUCCAAGACAGACGAGUUUGCCGAGAGGGAUCGCCAGCUGGAGUUGGAAGCCAUGACCAUUGAGCCGCCCAAGAGGCUGGAGAGGGAGGAGAUUCGCAGCCAGGCCAUGGCGUCUCUGCCGCGCCUCACCUCCAAGAAGCACACAGGCUUUGCCUUUGACACUCCUGGCUUUGAGUCCUUCUUUGCCAAGCAGGAGGGAGUGGAUAUUGUGGGGCGGGCAUGGGACGUGGCAAGGAGGGCGAGCGCACAGCGCAGGCGCGCAGCAGAGCUCUCAGAACUCCCCACCAUGCAGCGCUUCCCAGCUGAAAUGCGCCGCCCUUCUCGUGACGCUCAGCCCCCUGCUGCUGUCACCCUUGCCGCUGCUGCUAGUGCUGCUGGUGUCAGGUCGGCGUCGUCGUCUAGGAUGGGAGAGGGGAGUGGAGGAGGGGGAUCGGGGCAGUGGGGAGGAGGGUCGGUGGGAGGGAGUGUGGAGUGGCCCCCUGCGGCUCCGUCGGGGGGGAGCGGGAGUGGGGUGCAGAUGGGUUCGAUGGGACGUCGGGGGAGGGAUGAUGAACAGGAUUUGUUCUUUUGA